AUGUCCGGCAGCAACUCAGCCGAGCUCGUUCCGAUCUACAAUAGCUCGGAACCAUUAAACUCUCUAAUCUUCGUCAACAUGUCCGGAAUAACCAAGCUCACACCAACCAACUACCUUACUUGGAAACUUCAAGUUUACGCUUUGUUUGAAGCUCUUGAGUUGCAUCACUUCAUCAGCGACACAGAUAACACUCCACCACCAACCAUCACCACCACCAGAGGCGUUUCUCUGCCGAAUGCGAAUCAGGCUCACUGGAAACGCCAAGAUAAGAUGCUUUACAGCUCCUUACUCAGCUCUCUCUCGCUCUCCGUUCAACCUUUUGUUGCACCAACUCAGAAAGAGUCUCAAAGGUACGCAAACGAUCACCGAGUACAUGGGAAGCGUUAUGACCAAGGCAGUUACUGCACAGUUACUGAGAUGGUGAAUGACAGAGUCAUUCCUAUCACCGUUGAAGAGCUUCACGAGAAGCUUCUCAACAAGGAAACCGAACUCAUCACCACUCAACAAGCGUCGCCGACUGCUAACGCCACGCACACCUCUCAAAAUAACUCGCUUGUUCUUGUUCUUGCCAUCCUUCCGAUCAUAUUAGUAACUGUCCACGAGAUCAUCAGCCGCAAAUAA